UCUGACCUCAGAAAUUUACAGAACUACUUCCAGUCAGCUCAGAAAAUCUUGUCCCGAGUAAAAGCUGCUGAGUCUGUUGUUUUCUUUCUGUUCCUCAUCCGGCUGCUUCACACCAGCUUCACUUCACUUUGUUUUCAACUGGUCACAGUGGUUUUUAUUCUUCUGUCUGUUCUCUCAGGUUCUCCAUCAUGAUCCGUCACUUCUAUCUGGUGAUCGGAGCCCUGCUCUCAUUGGUCGUACCCCUGCUGGUUUCUUUGGAGACCUGCCCGGCAACAGGGAUUCCCGGGAUGCCAGGUAUGCCUGGGCUGCCCGGCAGAGACGGUCGUGAUGGAAAUAAAGGAGAGAAAGGACAACCAGGAGCAGAGGCUGUCAGCGGGCUCGGCCAACGGAGGGGAGAGAAGGGGGUGCCGGGGCUGAUGGGGGCCCCUGGUAAACGAGGUCAGAGUGGGGAUCCUGGGGGACCAGGGCUCCCAGGGUUUGACGGCCCUCCCGGAGAACCAGGGGAAUCCGGGUCAAUCGGAAUCCAGCAGAGGGCGGCCUUCAGCGUGGCCAGAGGCACCAACGACUACCCGGAUAGAUCCAGCGUCAUUCGGUUCAUCACAGUCAUCACCAACAUCAACAAUGACUAUGACACAGACACGGGACGCUUCAGGUGUCGCGUCCCGGGGACGUACUACUUUGUGUUUCACGCCUCUUUAGACGAACGUCUCUGUGUCCUGAUGAAGAUGGAUGGAAAUCUGCUGACAUCAUUCUGUGAUCUCCGCCGUGUGAGGAGACAGGUGACGUCCGGUGGCCUGGCCGUCUACAUGUCGAGAGAUCAGGAGGUUUGGCUGGAGACCAAAGACUACAGAGGGAUGAGAGGGAAACCGGCCGGUUACAGCAUCUUCUCCGGCUUCCUGCUGCGUCCUCACUGAGCCGGAGGACGGGAAACACGAAACGGCUUCCGUCCUAAAAUGUCUUUACAGCAAACUGUGUCAUUUCAUUGGCUUCAAUUAAAUCCCGACUGGUUUUAAAAUGUAUUUACUUCGUGAAAAACUUUGUGCAGACCCAGACGUGACUUUAGUUUGUAUUACAUUGUGUGUUUUUGUCACUUUUGACGAAGAAGGAUUUUGUCUCCAUUAGCAAUUGGGUUUAAUAUUUUUUUCAUCAGCUUUAAAAAAUGUUUAUCAUUAAAUAUUUGGUCGGGAUAUUUCCAGCUUUCUAGUUUUUCUUCAGUUUUGAAAGUUACCAUGUCCAAUUCACUGUGUUGAUUUUAUUUUCUGUCAUAAUCUGAGCUGCAAAACUACAAAUAUAGAUCUGAAAACAACCUGAA